ACACACUUGCAUUUUAGCUCCCGAGGGUCUCAUUGGAAAUUUAAGUCAACCUGCCUCCGUUCUGUAGCUUCUGAUCAAACAGUUUAUAGGACCUUACCAUCUCUCUCCAUGGCUCUCCUGUGCUGCGGCCUGAUGGUACUGCUGUGUUGCUUUGGUUCGGCCUCGGCCACUGUUGGUGCAGACAUGGACUACGGAGGCAUCCCUCUGUGGAUUAACCGCCUGCUGGGUGAGCCCAGCGUGCUGAGUCUGCAGGGACGGAUGGAUCCGGCCUGGUUCCGAGCUAACAAUCCCCUGGCUUGCCCUGAGCAGUGUGACUGUCCCAUCCAGUGGCCCACAGCACUCUACUGCGACCACAGAGGUCUGGCAGACAUCCCUGAGCGACUGCCAGACAGAACCCAAUACCUGUUUCUUCAGGGUAACAACAUCUCGUCCCUUCCCUCAUCUGUCCUGACCAACAUCACUGGUCUACGCUGGCUCAUCUUGGACAACAACAAGCUGCAGAGUGACAAGCUAGAGCAGGCCUCCCUGCAGAACCAGACCCAGCUGUGCUACUUUUUCGCCAACCACAACCACCUGACUUCAGUGCCCAGUGCUCUGCCAGCUGGACUCAAACAGUUGCGACUGGCUCACAACCAAAUCAGCAGCAUCAGCCCGAAAGCUUUCCAGAAACUGCAAAACCUGACGCUGCUGCUGCUGCAGGGAAACAGACUGCAAACCAUCAGAGAGGGAGACCUCAAAGGCCUGAUUAGGCUGAAUCUGUUGGACCUCAGUGGAAAUUCGUUCUCAGUUGUCCCCAAACAUUUACCUCCCUCCGUCCAGCAGCUCUACCUGUCUAACAACUCUUUCUCUGCACUGGAUGAGGACAGUUUUGUGGGAUUUGUCAACCUUAAGUACCUUCGUCUAAGUCAGUGUGGCCUGCAGAACCUCGGCAUCCACCCGCAGGUCUUUAACUCCUCCAGCUUGGUGGAGCUGGACUUGUCUUAUAACAAACUUAUUGCUAUUCCGACUGUUCCCACCACCCUGCAGAACCUCUACCUGGAGGCCAAUCAGAUACAAGAGUUCAACGUGACCAGUUUCUGCAGAGAGGUGGGACCUCUAUCCUACUCCAGGAUGAAAAUCCUCCGAUUGGAUGGAAACAAAUUGUCCUACCAUCUGCUGCCUCCUGACUGGGUGUUCUGCCUGCGAGUGCUUCGAAGUAUUUACAUCUGACUCCACCUUCUGAACAUGAAUCAAAUCUACAAGUACUGUAUGUGACUGGCCAACCUCAUCUAGUGCUACAAAGUAAAAAUCAUGACUCAACUUACAGUUUUCAUUUUGUUGUCCAACUCAUCAUCAGUGAACUCAAACAACCCAGCCUUAAAGCUUGAAACCAGAGACAAAGACUGUAAUUCAUUAUGCCUUCAAUAUGUGGAUACACAGCCAAAGGAAAACUGAGCCUCAAAAGCUGCUGAGCUCGAACUUCAUGCUAAACCAAAGUUAUUUAAUGGUAAUGCAACAAGUUAUGAUCAAAACUUUUCUCAUAUCAUCAGUGUAGCCCUUUGGGUUUUUCUCUCUCAUUCCAUGUUUUCCAAGUUCUGCCUCAUCAGGGUUGUACAUCUGUGUGUUAUUACUGAAUAGGAACGGUGACAAACCCUCUCAUUUCUGACUUUACCGAAUAACGCGCUCUGGUUAAACUGAGCUGUCUCAGGGCAAAAGGAAACAUGAUGCAUGUAUGAGUGGCAAAAAUCAGUAGCUUUCCCAUGAGGGAAUCUGACUCAGUUAGCUGGACAGUGUUUAACAGCCACACCAUGUCCACGCAUGGAGCUGGGCGAAAUAAAAAAAAAUCUUGAUGA